AUGGGGCCAAACAAUUACAAAAUAGGAGGUAAGGAUGGCGAAAUACUUCAUAGACAUAUUGAUCAAUUAAAAAGGAAGUCCUUAAGACCUCCAGUGACAUGUCCGUCAGAAUUAAAUUCGGAACACAGCACAAAUUCAAUCAACGAAUUACCGACGACGAAGGAAGUGGGGGAUGUCCGGUCGGAGCAGGUGGCAUCUCGUGAUGAGCCGGGGGGGUUAGUAGGUUCGGAGGUCGAAUUAGUACCGGAGGUUUUGGCGUCCGAAAAAGUCAGCGAUACCCCGGGAUCACCAAUAUUUGAAGACGCCUCGCCCAACGUGACACCGCCCCUACAAGGUCGCCCUAUAUGGCAAUGCAGGCUUAGGAAACUGAUUAAACAUUAUGAU